UGUUGUGUCCACGGGAUGCUCCUUAUGUGCAGCGAUGGACGGCACCACUGUGCUUUUGAUCGAAGGUGCAAAAGAACGUCGAAAUCAGCGUUCCGAGGAGGGUCCGUCGGCGGAGGUGCGUCAGCCCUCGCAAAUCCAGGAGGAGAGCGACCUGGACGCUCGCCUCCGAACGGCCAUCACAGUAGGCGUGAUGACCAUGGUGAUCCUGGGCCUGUUGGCCAUGGUCUACGCCUUCAACGAGGCGCAGCGGCAGCUGGAAUACCUGCAAGACUCGGACAACGUGAAACCCAUUGAGUGCCCUCCGCCGCGGCGCUCUGGCAGCUGGGAUACCCGACUCGUGGUGACUCUCGUCGGCGUCGCGCUGCUCUUUUUCAUCACUCUCACAGCGGCGACCUUUAUCCUCAAGCGCUCGGACGCCAACGUCGACAUCGCUGAUGAAACGAGUGCGCCCAUGAAGAAGCGAACCAUAUUCUUGUAA